UGAGCUAGGGUAUCAGCAUUUGAUUGAAGAAGUCCAAACUUACCUGUGCUUAAAAAUCCUCCCCAAAGUCAAGCUCUCUUCUGACCAGUGGGCUGCCCUAGUCUUCAUACUCCUGACCUCAGAGAAUGACCUGGACAUCUUUGACCUGAGUCAGUACAUGGGAUCCAAUGAAGCUCUACAAAUGCUGCUCCCCAUUGUUAAAGUUGCCAAACAGCUUUUGAUUAGGAUGUGUAACCUGACAAACAAAAGCUGUGAGAUGCUUGCUGAUGUUCUCCGAUCAAAGUCGUCCACUCUGCAAGAGCUGGACCUGAGUGGGAGUCACCUGCAGCUCCGAAAGGUGAAACAGCUCUGUUUGGCUCUGAGGUCUGAAGACUGUAACUUGGAGAAUUUAAGGUUGAAUGGCUGCAAACUAAAUGAAGAGAGUUGUGAUGCAGUGGUUUCAGCUUUCAACUCUAAUUCAGCAAGUAUAAGAGAACUUGAUAUGAGUGGAAACCAACUGAAUGACUCUGUCGUUAAGAAGCUCUCAGAAACUCUAAAGACUCAAAAGUGCAAACUCAGGGUGCUGAGGCUGAGAUGGUGUGGCGUAAAACAAGAAGGGUUCAGGGAUUUGACAACUGCCCUGCAAGCAAACCCAUCACACCUGAAAGAGCUUGACCUCAGCAUGAACACAUCAGGAGAUGCGGGAGUUCAUGCACUGUGUGAGGUUCUGAACCAACCACAGUGCAGACUUGAAGUACUCAAGUUGAAUAAGUGUGAGCUCACCCAUGACUGCUGCUCGUCUCUGGAAUCCAUCAUGAGCUCCCAGUCUUCUAGUCUCUUAGAGCUGCAUCUGAGGGACAACAAGAUUCAGGAUGCUGGAGUGGAGAGAAUAGCAGCCGGGCUAGAGAAAGCUCACUGCAAGCUACAGGUUCUCAAGUUGUGUAACUGUAGCGUCUCAGUAAAAGGCUGUGGAUUUCUAGCUGCGGCACUGAGACGAAACCCUUCUCACCUGCGGGAGUUGUAUUUGAACUGGAAUCACCUGAUAAACUUGGGGACAAACCCGUUGACCGAGCUCCUGGACAUUCCUGAUCUUAAACUGGAGAAACUCGACAUCAACUCUCCUUAUUUAGUUGAGUGAGGAUGUUGACUUCUACCUGAGUGAAACCAAAACCUGGCUGAUGUCAAAUAUCCCACAACUGGAAUCCCAUUUCCAUGUAGUCAGUUGGUAGAUGCUUUUGGGCAAUAUGAUGAUGUCACAUGGCAUCUGGAUAACUUAUGUCACUUGGUAGGGAAAGCACUGAUGUACAGGUGAAGUUGCAAUGGUGUCACUACCUGUGGCUAAUUGAUUAAAAGAAACACCUUUCCUCACCUUCGGAGUUCACAAUUAGUUCAGACUUUCUGAAGGAACAGCUAGUGAAUUGUUUGUGUCAUCACAUUGUCUGUUUAAAGUCUUCAUUUGUGUUGAGGGAUGCAGUUUUGGUGUCGACAGGUAGCGAUUACCUGUUGGGUAGUCUGUUUUGGUGAUUCGUGUUUUGAUGUGAGUGAUGACUUUUAGUCUUCCUGGAUUAGGAUGCUUUGUUUUUUGUUAUACUGUUCAGAUUGUGUGCUUUUUAUAAUGUAAGCAACUCUACGGGUCCGUCCCAUUUCUCCCCCCUUAAAACUUCUACUUGGUUUUGAUUGCCCUCAACAUUAAAGCCCCCUCGACAAGGGAAGUGGAGGUGAAGAUCUUUCCCUA